AUGUGUGCAUCUAGUAUAGAUAGAUUGAUUGAACCUAUGCCUGAAGAGUUAUUUAUCUCUACUCCUUUGGGAGAUGUGAUAAUGGUAGAUGGAUGUUAUAAUCAUUGUGUGGUACUGAUCAAUGGUCAAAACUUCUAUGCUGAUUUACUUCCCUUAGAACUGUUGAAGUUUGAUGCUAUCCUAGGGAUGGAUUUUCUAAGUAAGUAUCAUGCCUCAGUAGACUGUUACAAGAAGGAAGUAGUACUUAGAAAAUCAAAUGGCCAGGAUGCAAUGCUAACAAGAAUCAAAAGAUUAGCUGCGGGGAAUCUGAUAUCGAAAGUGAAAGCUCGAAAGCUGUUAAGCAAGGGAUGUAAAGCCUAUUUGGCUCAUGUAGUGGUUGUUCAAGGGAAAAAGAUAAACCCAGAAGAUGUCCUAGUGGUAAAUGAGUUUCGGGAUAUAUUCCCUAAAGAACUACCAAGGUUACCAAUCGACAGGGAGGUGGAGUUUACUAUUGACUUAGUUCCAGGAACAACUCCUAUAUCACAGGCACCAUAUAGAAUGGCGCCGACUGAGUUGAAAGAAUUAAAGGUUCAACUGCAAGAGUUAAUUGACAAGGGAUACAUUCAACCUAGUGUAUCGCCUUGGGAAGCUCCGGUAUUGUUUGUGAGGAAGAAAGACGAUACACUUAGAUUGUGUAUCGACUAUAAGCAGCUGAAUAAGAGAGGAUCAUCGGGUAGUAUUUCUUGGGCAUUUGUUUCAGCAGAGGGCAUUAGUGUAAAUACCCAGAAGACGGAAGCAAUAGUUAAAUGGGAACGACCCACGACCGUUUCAGAAAUACGCAGUUUCCUAGGGUUGGUAGGUUAUUAUCGGAGGUUUGUGAAGGGUUUCUCUAAGAUAGCCCUUCCAUUGACGAAGUUGACUAAGAAAGGCGUGAGGUUUGAAUGGUCGUUGGAGUGUGAACAUAGUUUCCAAAAGCUGAAGGGGAGACUAGUAUCAGCACCAGUGCUUACCUUGCCUAUUCCAGAUUACGAUUGUUCCAUCGAGUACCACCCUGUUAAAGCUAAUGUUAUGGCAAAUGCACUAAGUAGGAAAUCCUCGGGACCUAAGGCCAUUAUUGGUUUAAUAAGAGGAACGCUAUUGCAGAAGUUCAGGAAUUCCAGAACCGCCUUAUCAGUGGAACCGUCAGGAGGAAUGAUAGCUACUUUUCAGAUAAGGCCGACCUUAGUAGAAAACCUUAAGUGGAAUCUGUUGGAAGACCCUGAUCUUCAAAAGAUUGCAGAUGAUGUAAGUAAGGGCAUUAGGGUUGACUUCCAACUAGGAGCAGACAAUGUGCUAGAAAAGGAGGGGAGAAUGUGUGUGCCUAACAAACUACAGCUUAAACAAGCCAUUCUAGAGGAAACACAUAGUUCCCCUUAUGCUAUGCAUCCAGAAUGGGUUGGUCCAGCAGCUUAUAAGCUGCAGUUGCCAAAGGAGCUAGCUCGUAUUCAUGACGCAUUUCAUGUGUCGAUGCUAAGGAAAUAUGUGCCUGAUCCUAUGCACAUACUAGCAACACAACCGGUACAACUCAAAGAAGAUUUAUCUUACAAGGAGAAGGCCAUCGAGAUCGUGGAUAGGAAAGACCAAGUACUUAGAAAUAAGAUAAUUCCUUUGGUGAAGGUGCUAUGGCAUAAUCAUGGAAUUGAGGAAGCUCUUGGGAACCUGAAGAGCAAAUGA